AUGGGCAGUUCUUUCUUCAUCCCCUUGGCUCGUCAAUUGAUUGGUCUGAGAUCAGUGGAUUCGAGGAUGGAUCCCGAGCAGCAGCAGCAGGCAGAUCCAAGCACCAUGGUUGAAGAAACAAAGAAGAAGUUUAGUAGAGAUUACUUGACAUGGACAGAUGAGAUGGAUAAGGUAUUGUUGGAUGUCUUUGUUGAACAUCACAACAGAGGUGAUCAGGGCCAAAAUGGAUGGAAGCCACAUGUGUACAAUGCUGCUAUAAAGAGCGGGUUUGGUUGGGAUUGGGUCAAUAACAAGCUACUCAUGGAUAGUGAUGAUGUGUGGAACAAAUAUGUCCAGGCUAAUCCGAAGGCAGCUUGUUACAAGAACAAAGAAGUGAAGAAUUGGGAGGCAAUAUUAACAAUAUACUCCAAAGAUCAUGCAACCGGUGAUGGUGCAAUGACAGGUGCUGAAAGUGCAGCGCAACCAAUAGAACUAGAUGAAGUAGUCGUCGAAGCCUCUCCGGAAUUGCCACCAAAAAGGCAGCGAACAGGUGAUGCUAUCUUGUGCAUGCUUGGAGAAAUGAAGGGUUCUUUUCAAGAUGCUAUGAAAUCACUUGAGCCACUAGAACUGCCCAAGGUUACUCCUCUUGAAAUCCUUGCUGCCCUUGAAAAGAUCCCAGAUUUGGCUCGUUCAGACAUGUUACGAGCAUAUGGCAAACUCAUCCUUAGUGAACGUUUAUUCCAAGCGCUUAUGGAGUUGCCCAUGGAGUUUAGGAAGGAGUGGCUGUUGAUGCUCAACGAGAAGAACAAUGUUUGA